GGCUGGGCUGGAAAGUUUUGGAAGGGACAUGGAGCGCGGCAGCCUGCCCAAAACCGCGAUCAGAGACGGCCGCGCACCCUCCCCUGCGCCGCCGGCUCCCUCCGCGGCCCGGGGCGCUCCGGGCUGGGAUUCUCCGGCAGAGGCUCCGGCCAUGGGCAGCGGCAGCAGCCGGCGGCGCGGGCCCGCGGGCAGAGCGGGGCAGAGCCGGGACCCGCCGGGGACAGCGCCGGCCCACGGCGAGGGGGCGGCGGCCCCGCCCGGCCCCGGCCGCCCGGGCCCGGCCGCCGGCGGGAGCAGCGCGGAGGCGGCGGGAGGCGGCGGCGCGGCCCCGCUGCAGCGGGCGGCUUUGUCAACCAGGAGCCCACCAGGCCCAGAGAACAACAACCUUGACCAGCAGUGCCCAGAAAGCAGCAAGAAGGCAUUGGGGCAGCCCACAAUAUUGUAUGAUUGCUCGGAGGAGGAGCUGAUGGCCAGCAUCGAGCGGGAGUACUGCCGCUGAGCCCCGCUGCCCACCGCCAGAACGUCAGGCACGAGCAUGGAAACCCAGCUGAGCAGAGCUGGGUCCCAGAGACACCACGGGACUGCUCGGGACAGGGGGCUGCUGGAGGGGAUGGACUGGGGCACGAGGGGCAGCCUGGCUGCUCGGGAAGCACAGAGGAGAAAGCUCACCUGAUCCACUCCCAGUGAGAGCAGGAAGAUCCUCACCAGCUGCUGAUUUCUGAUUGGUGCCACUGAAGAGGGACCAAUUCAUCUUAAGAAUCAAUAUUUAGAAGCUCAUUUCUAAAUGCUAUUUUUAAAGGAACAUGUACUAGAAUUAAGUGUCAUACUAGAGGGGUUGAAAUGUGGUGCUUUGAAGAAUGAUCUUGCUUUGAACCUAGUAAAAAAUUGCAGCAAUAUCAUCUGAUCCAGAACUUAAGGGGGUAUUGAAUGAAAUUCAUGUUUCUGCCACUUAAAAUGUGCUAAUUUGCGCUUGUGCAAGCCUCAGGUCCAGGUCUGAGUUUGGUACUGUCUCUUUCAAUCUGCUCCCCAAUAUGGGAGAUAAGAGGAAAAGGGAAUUGAACCCUCCAUCUGGUGCAUAGGCAGUGUAAUCCCAGAGUUCAAAUCCCACCACCCUGCCAAAUUAGGCUCCUGGGAGCCAUCAGGGAACACAGGAGUUGUAUGAUCCCUUUGGGGCAGGGUCUCAGCAUAGGUGUCCUACCUGGGCAUGGAUCCAUCCCAGUGAUGGGAGUGAAAGCAGGAGGCACAUCCCCAUUUCAGUCAUCCUCCUCAACAGGUAUUUGCAUGCUCUUGUAGAGCAGCUGUUUGGGAUCAGUUUUCAGAAUUGCUGCUCCUGGCCCUUCCCUUAUACUUCUUGUCCUACAAGAAAAAUCACUUUAUUUUACCAUUAGCUGGCUGCAAAGUAAACCAGAAAGUUAUCUCUCUUAAGGAAAUAGUAUUUUCAGUGCUCCCAGACAGGGAGGCCUGGUAUUUUGGGUUUCUGCUUUUAUUAUAUCUGUGUAUUAACAUAUUAUGAGUAUCUGCUUAUUAUCAGAAGUAGAAAAAUAUUUUAUUUCUAUCUUCUGCUGAAGCAUAAAAGGCAUCAGAUGACAUUUUCACUACGUGUAAAUGCAAGAAAAAACUGCAAGACACUUCUUAAGAUGCUGUAUUUUAAGUACUUUGUGAUUCCUGGGACCUGUGAAACACAAAUAAAUGCAUCUAGACUCUGA